UCCACGUGAUCCAAAGCUAUAUUAUUACUUCAAUAUGCAAAAUCCAACCGACCCAAAUCCUUGAAUUUUCAGAAAGGAAUAAUUCCUUUCAACCCGAAGGUAAUCUCUCAUAAUCAGCCGACAUCUCGUAGCUCGCAUGAAUAUAAAAGACAUAAUGAACAGGCCUUGAUAAUAUACACUCUCCACAGAAAUCUAUACAUUAAACUAAAGAAGAUUGAUUAUUAUUAGCAUCAAGAAAUAUGGCUGGAGCUACUGUCUUCGAAGAUUUCGAACCCUACUGCAAAUGGCAGAAAGAUCAAGAACGUGACGUUCUUGAGGUUCAUCUUAAUGGUUUCAAGAAGGAUCAACUCAAGAUUCAACUCAGCAAUCUCGGAGUCAUGACAAUAACUGGAGAACGUCCUUUGGAAGGGAGCAAACGAAGCCGUUUUAGGAAAGAAUUAAGGCUUUCAAAGGAUUACGUAACUGAUGAAAUUCGUGCAAAAAUGUCAGGCGGUAUCCUUUCAAUAAUUAUGCCUAAGAAAACAGAACUAACACCACCCUCAUUUCGGGAUAAUAAGCCGACAUUGCCGCCGCAAAAUCAAGAAAACGAAAGAACCACGCCACCUCGUACUGCAACUCAAAAUACCAAAACCAGCAUGUUCUCAAGCUACAGAUUUCAGCUGCCAGAUAAUAUAAUUUUAAAUCUUGGAACUAGGAAUGUUGCUACAGCGUUUGCUUUGUUGAUAGUUGUUGGUGCUUUUGUAAUGUACAAAUACCGUCAGCUCUCUCCUCCUGUUGAGAGCUAACCUGUUACUUUAUGUUCUAGCUUCUAUAAUUAAGCUCUUGAAUUCUGUAAUCUAUGCUGUAUAUUCUGAUUUUAAAGUUUCAAUUAAACAACGGCAUAUGUUCUGAAUUGCGGAAAAAAAAACCAUAA